CGUUUCUCUAGCCUCACCGCGCUCCCACUUCCUCCCGUUCUGGCUCGCCACUCCUCCCAAAGUCCAUUCAACUCACCCACGUAGGAAGGUGGAAGCGGUUUCUUGGGGUUUGGAUAUGCUAAAGCGGUCGCAUGGAGGGUUCCGGCUGGGGCGGAAGCUGCUCAGUGCCUGGCGAUGGGCGCUCUGCUGCCGGCGCCGGCGCCGGCGGGGCUACCUGCGCCUGCAGACGACGUCGGGUGGGUGCGGCGGCGCUUGCAAGGAGGGGAGCGAAGAAGCCAAGAGGCUGGCCCCGGUGCUGCGGUGGGGGCGGUCGCUGGUGCGGCGGCUGAGCCUCGGGCGGAAGGACGGCGGGCGGCGGCGGAUUCUGGACGAGCCCGUGUCGACGCCCAAGGGGCAGGUGGCGGUGUACGUCGGCGGCGGCAACCCCGGCGAGUCGCUGAGGUACGUGGUGCCGGUGGUGUACUUCAACCACCCCAUGUUCGGGGAGCUUCUGAGGGAGGCCGAGGAGGAGUUCGGCUUCCAGCACCCCGGCGGCAUCACCAUCCCCUGCGCCGCGUCGCGGUUCGAGCGCGCCGCCGCCGUGGCGGCCGCCGGGAAGAAGGCGUUCGGCAGGUGGUAGCAUCAGGCGGCGGAUGGGGAUGGUGUAAAUAUGCGUUCCAUCAGAAUGGGCUGAUUUUGUUCUCUUGUUCGGUUCUCUGUUUCUCCAUGGAUUUAGCUAGUCAUUUAGAGGCUAAUUUUUUUCUCGACAUGUGCGUGCCGGGAUCAUCUUGGAAUCAUUAACGGAGUAACAGUUGUCUUUUUUUAGCUUUUUAGUUCCGAUGUUGUUUACAAAUCCAACUUGGACGGAUCGAUCAUGGUGUUGAUGAA